GCUCGAAGAAGACGAAGAAGAGAAACUACGUCACCGACGCCAGACAUCUCACGUUAAUAUCCACAACAAACAUGGCGGACGAUCACACAGACGCAGAUCAGACCAUGGAGGGACACACUGCUGUGUCUGAAAACCCUCACGCAGAGUAUGGCCUGACGGAAAACAUCCAGAGGACGGUGGAGAAUGAGAAGGCGAGCGCAGAGAAGAUGUCGAAGCAGAAGGUUGAUCUGCAGGCGCUGCCGACCCGAGCGUACCUGGACCAGACUGUGGUCCCCAUCCUGCUGCAGGGGCUGUCAGUGCUCGCCAAGGACAGACCUCCGAACCCCAUCGAGUAUCUGGCAGCGUUCCUGCUGAAGAACAAAUCCCAGUUUGAAGAGAGAAAUUAAACUGGUGUCUCUUGGAUGCUGCAUCUGAAAUGAUUUCAUACAGUAGAUACUCGUGUUUGUUGAUGAACUGCUAGACUGUCUUUUUUUUUUUUUUUUUUAAAUCCAGAAUAAACAUGUUGAUGUCAAAGA